AUGGUGUGGGUGGUAGAUUGGACCACAGGGAUGGGGCCCACCGCUGACCGCCACUCUCUAGAAGGAUGGGUUAAAGGACACCAAAAGGCACUCAACCAUGCUUAUGAAGUGGCAAAACAAAAGACUGAACUGAGACAAGAAAAUGACCGUACGCUUUAUGACCGGAGGGCAAAGCUUGCGCCCCUGUUGCCGGGGGAGCGUGUCCUCAUCCGAAACUUCCGUCGCCGUGCAGGUGGGAAGCUGUCCCCCAGAUGGAACCCGGAACUCUAUGUCGUCGUGGCUCCGCUGCGCAAAGAUCAUCCGGUGUAUGUCAUAUGCCCUGAAGGUAAAGACUCUCCUACACGCACCAUUCACAGAAAUAACUUGAGGCUAUGUCCGUUAAAUGUGUUGGAGCCCAGCCAGGAGUCUACAACCCCAGAAGCAGCCGAACCAAAGAGUGAAAUGUGCCAGCCCCCUCCGACAUGGUGGCUCCAGAACUGGUAA